UGUUUACUCGUAAGUCCUAGGUACGAUAAUGAUAGUUGUUAUCAUCCGUUAUGUUAUAGAUAUGCAAUGGUUCUUUGGCAGUUGAAGGAAAUAAAGCGACUUUAUGCUAAUGUUUUACCUGCUAUCAUACGAGUCAAUGUUAUGGAUGGCCUGAGACCUUCAAUAAGUGAUAAUGACUCUGUAGAGGGAUAUAGAGAGAUCAUGGUACGUUGCUGGGAUGGACAACCUGACCGCAGACCUCAAUUUGAGGAAAUUGUAGCUACAUUGGAUGGAAUCACGAGUCAAAUGUAUUCUGUACAUGCUGUUAGUGCAAAUAGAGACGUUGUUAGUAGCAACAACAUUGCUACUGCAACUAUGAUGCCAUUACCUGAUGGAGAUGCCAGAUCAUUAGAGGGUCUUGAACGGUUGAAAGAGAUGAAUACACAAAUUACGCAAACCACAACAAGACAGAUACAUAAAUUGGAACCGAAAAAUUAUGCAAAAAGAAAUGAUGAACAGAGGAUUGACGCAAAGAAGAAUGAUGAAGAGAGGAGUGAUGAAGAUUGGAAUUCUGAAGAAGAAGAGAUCAUUGAUGAAGAAAGGAGUAAUGAAGAUGGGAAUUCUGAACUAGAAGAGAUUAAUGAUGAAGAGAGGAGUGAUGAAGAUUGGAAUUCUGAAGAAGAAGAGAUCAUUGAUGAAGAAAGGAGUAAUGAAGAUGGGAAUUCUGAACUAGAAGAGAUUAAUGAUGAAGAGAGGAGUGAUGAAGAUUGGAAUUCUGAAGAAGAAGAGCUGAUUGAUGAAGAAAGGAGUAAUGAAGAUGGGAAUUCUGAACUAGAAGAGAUUAUUGAUGAAGAGAGGAGUGAUGAAGAUUGGAAUUCUGAAGAAGAAGAGCUGAUUGAUGAAGAGAGGAGUGAUGAAGGUUUGAAUUCUGAAUUUGAAGAGAUAAUUGAUGAAGAAAGGAGUGAUGAAUUGAAAGGAAUAAUUGAUGAACAAAGGAGCAAUGAAGGAAGGAGUGAUGAAUUCGAAAGGAUAAUUGAUGAAGAAAGAAGUAAUGAAGAUUGGAAUGACGAGGUCGUUGAUGAAGAAAGGAGUUAUGAAGAUUGGAAUGAUGAAUUCGAAGAGAUGUAGUGUUGAAAUUCUUAACAUUAACAGUUGAUUGAUGAAGAGAUGAGUGAUGAAUUCGAAGAGAUGAGCGAUGAAGAGAGGAUCAAGUGAUGAAGGUACUGUAAUGUAUUAUACUAGGAACUGCUACAGUCUAGAAAAUGGAGUGCACAUGAAUGUUUGAGUUGAAAUUUGUGAAGUUGCCGUGAGCUAUUGUACUGAGCUUACCUGUAGAUUAUUACUGUCUUGACAUCGAUAUCGAUGGCGUGUACA